GUCACUAGGACGCGGCUCUUAGCCGCAUCGAAGCCCUCUCGCACGUUCAGUCAGUCCCCGCCGGCCAAGGCAAUCACUCCGGGCCACCAAACGUCACCCCCGACCACCUUGACGACUAACAAGGGGUCCGAGUCUUAUCUAUCGAGGUCAGGCUUUCAAUUGUUUCGAGAUCGAACGUGAUUUGUUUAUCGUUUUUUUUAUUUUUAUCAUCUGUUAAAGUUUCGCAUUUGUGAAGGUGAUCAAGUGAUUUUUUAGCGGUUUAAUAGUUAGUUAUUUUUAUAAUUCGUCUUCGUACAUGUGAGAAUAUCACACACUCAUAGACGAUGGAAAAAACACAAAGGACUAUACGAAGGAUGAUGCUAAGUCUGUUAUUUCCUUUACUACUGACAUUAAGUGUGAAAUGCGAGACACCACUGAUAGACAGUAGUGCCUUGCCACUGGAACACAGAUCAGUAUAUGGGCCACCGGCACAAUACGGCCCGCCACAGUCUCAUGGUGCUGAAGAAAAUUGGCCAUUGGCUUCACCAGAUACACCGCAGAUAAAAAAUCUCCAAGUGCAGUGUGAAAAAACUCACAUGCGAGUUAAUAUUGAAUUCGAUCGACCCUUCUACGGGAUGAUAUUCAGUAAAGGUUUUUACUCAGACCCUCACUGUGUCCACUUGAAACCGGGUACUGGUCACUUGAGUGCAACUUUUGAAAUUUAUUUGAAUUCAUGUGGGAUGAGUAGCUCAGGAAAUCACAAUGUUGCUGCUUACGGCGCACCUACACCUUCUGGUAGUUAUGUAGAAAAUACUAUAAUUAUUCAGUACGAUCCGUAUGUACAAGAAGUAUGGGAUCAAGCGAGAAAAUUGCGAUGCACUUGGUAUGAUUUUUACGAAAAAGCUGUCACAUUCCGUCCAUUCCAAGUUGAUAUGCUCCAUGCUGUUACUGCUAAUUUCUUGGGCGACAACCUGCAGUGUUGGAUGCAGAUCCAAGUUGGUAAAGGUCCAUGGGCGUCUGAAGUAUCUGGUAUUGUUAAAAUUGGGCAGACUAUGACAAUGGUACUGGCUAUCAAGGAUGAUGAAAAUAAGUUUGAUAUGUUGGUGAGAAAUUGUGUUGCUCACGAUGGUAAGAGAGCUCCUAUUCAACUUGUUGAUCAAUAUGGAUGCGUUGUCAGGCCAAAGAUUAUGUCCAGAUUCCAAAAAAUCAAAAACUUUGGACCAAGUGCAUCAGUUGUAAGCUUUGCUUACUUCCAAGCAUUCAAAUUCCCAGACAGUAUGAAUGUUCACUUCCAAUGUGUAAUUCAAGUCUGUCGUUACAACUGUCUUGAACCAAAAUGCGGACACCCAGGUUUGGAAUACGGAGCACCAGGUGGUGGAAUUUCUCAAGAAUACGGUGCUCCACCUCACCAAAGUAUUGGUUCCGAGUAUGGUGUUCCACCAGUUCCAGAAUAUGGAAUUCCACCAGCGUAUCCUGAUCCUCGUCAUCCUAGUGGCCCGGCCGGUGCUUACAGUGAGCCAAAUCCUGAUGUGGUUCCCGCACCCCAAGCUCAGGCUUCAUCAUCAUCACCAAGUUCAACUCCAGGUGAUGCUACAGCCAGUAGUGCACCUCAAAAUUCUCAAGACAGUAUUCAUUUACCACCACCUCCACUACCAGGUCAUCCAGCGGGAGCUUAUCAAACUGUGAAGAGAAAAGGAACCGUUGGACCAGAUGAAUUAGAAGGAAAUCUUGCAACUCUUGGUGGAAGACCAAGAUCAGUUGAAGGUUUACCAGCUGAACUCAGAGGCGCUAGAAAACGGCGACAUCUUGACACCAUGGAAUUCGAUCCCAGUCUUUUCCACACGGUAAAAAUAGUAUCAUCUCACGUAUAUAAACGUGCAGCUCAAGAAAUGACGGACGUAAACACAUCAAGAAUAAUUCAAGUCGUCUCACCUGAAGACGUUAACUUUGCAUUGGGAACAAACAACACCAGUAAUGAUACAACUGUCGUUAUUCAAAAUGCAAACUUACAUCCAGACUCCGAGACAAUUUGUAUGUCCCUAACUGGUUUCAUUUGCGGUAUCGUUAUGCUUCUCCUCGUUGCUGCAGUCGCAUCGAUAGUAGCGGCCUUUCUUUUUAUGCGUGUAAGAGAAUUUGAUUCAAAGAACACGAAUGUUAACACUUAUGGUCAUACAGUUUUUGCUAAAAAUUGUCCGUCUAAUCCUGAAUUUGUCAAAGUAACACACUGAGAUAAAAAAUAAUAGGAGUAAAGAUCAAAUAACAAUUAGGAAGAUGAGAUGAAAAUUAUUGCGUCCUAGUCUACAUCUUUGACUAUUUUCUUCUUAUUUUCCUCAUUAUCACACUCGUAAUUAUCAUCAUCAUCAUCUUCAUUAUCAUUAUCAUCAUAGUCAUCAUCAUCAUCAUCAUAAUUAUCAGCGACGUCAUCAUCAUCAUCAUAAUCAUCAUCAUCAUCAUUAUUAUUAUUAUUUUUAUAAUUAUCAUCAUCGUAUUUUUUAAAAUUUCAUUAUUUGUCUCAAUAAUUUUCGAUAGAGUAAGAAAACGAUAACAAUUUUUUUUGUAAAUAAAAUCUCUACAUCUUUUGAUGUAUAGAGAUAUUGAAGUUUUUUAAAAUAUCAGAGUAAAAUCGCACUAAAUGCAAUUAAAUUAUUACCAAUAGAAUAGUUUAUUUAUAAUUAGAGUUUAAUGUUACCUUAAGAUUUGUCAUGUUUUAUUUAUUAGUAUUUUUAAAAAUAAAAAAAAAAAAA